UUAAAAUAUAUUUUUAAAUGUUGUGAUUAGCGUUUAGAGACUGAAGGAAUCACUUAAAUUUGCUGCAAUAAUGAUGUGAAAAUGUAAAGAGCUGAGCUAUAAGAAUUUGUCACAAUGAGAAUCCCGAAGAAAUGGUGUCGAUGGCUGAUGUGGUCAUUUAUUUUCUUACUUUUACUGCUUCUCUGGAGAGGAAUACAACAAUUAUUUCAAGCUGAUGAUGAUAAUAUUACCAGGGGAGAUAACAGUAUAGUAGACCACUGGGGCAUAGAUAACAAUGACAUCAACUGGUUGCCUGGCCUAGUACAAAGAAGAUCAGAAGAGAUCCCUGUGGUUGUGGUGGAAGAACACUAUGAAGUGCUGAAAUACUGGUUUCAAGCAGCAGACCUAGACCUCAUCCCAAAGUCUAGAAAUACCCUAGUGCACAUUGAUGGCCAUGUGGAUGGUGCUCUCCCUUAUGACACUGAGGUUCUUCCUUGGUUUAGAUACCCCAGAAGUCGCAUGGAUGUUUACAACAUGAUGCAGAGAAAUGACAUGUUCAUCACAGCUGCAGCAAUUACUGGACUCAUAAGCCAUGUCAUUUGGGUGUGGCCACAGUGGGACAGCAAGGACCAUGACCCAGCUGAGGACCAUUUGGUCAUUGACCUGAAAAUGGGGUACACAAGGGUCAAGAUGGAGACAGGCAUGACCAGCCACGUCAAUGAUUUGUGCGCUUGCUGGAAGAUAAGAGACUCCACAGAUUUAGAUUUUAAGAAAGAGGAGAGCCAGGGUUGGGAGUGUCAUAGGAAAAAUUUCACUGAAACUGAAGUAGAGGAUGGUCCGCAGAUUGACCAUUCAGAGUGUUUGAUUCAGGCGCUUGGAGUUAUGGAGGUCAUGGGGGAGGCGAGUGCGGCAAAAUGGCUGCGGCAACUUCAGCCUAUGUCGGUUAAUUCAGGUCUUAUUUUGGACAUUGAUGAAGAUUUUUUCGGAUGUUGGAGCGAUAUGUUUCCGUUGCAGCAAGUUGAAAUCACUGAAGACAAUGUUGUAUUUUUAUCUGAUUCUGUAAAAGAUUUAUUCUGUGCCCAGACUGCCAAAGAGGAGAGUGUGGUUGAUAUGUUUUACCGAGCUAUAAUUAACUUCAUUGUGACCCUAAAAUCAAAGAGCUGUGAAAUCAUAGGGGAAUUUGUAGGAAAGAAAGGGAAGCCCUGUUUAACAAGUGUGGCAAUUAGCAACUACAUCAUUGAGAACAUUCCGAAUCUGAUCCAGUUUUUCAAAGAGUUUGGAAAUAAACACAUUUUCUGUUACGAAGACCAAAAAGUGAUAGGUCUUUAUUUACAAAAUCUUAUGACCAUCCUGCAAGAUUUAACCAUACCCCAGCUCCAAUCCCUCUCAGAACUUGGUCUGUGUUUUCAGACCUCGCCGUCAUCUCGUUACUUCUCCUCCUCCCCCCACAUGCAUAUAUGUCUCGGUGAAAACACACCUAAAAAUACUCAAGUUAAUUUUCACCUGCCAUCAGAGAGCGAAAUCAAAUCUCAGACAGCAAGUCUGCAAAAAAUAUUCUCCUCGCUAUUCAAAAGCCCAAAUAUUGUAACAGUUUGUCGAUCUGUUAGAGACGGAUAUACGCCAAAGAUUUUCAGUGCUCAGAUUGAGUCAGCAAUUCUUGGGAAAGUAGCUCAGGUGUUCAGACGUGUAGAUCCUGAGAAUAUUCUGUUUGAUAGUAAUUUACUUGGUGGCAAGGCUGGGUGGAAGAACAGGAGCAUGAGUUGGGACCAACAGCUGUUGGGGUAUCUUUCACUCAGUGAGUACAGGGAAAUAGAUGGUUGAAUUAGUUGUGGAACAUCUUUCACUCAGUGAGUAUAGGGAAAUAGAUGGUUGAAUUAUUUGUGUAACAUCUUUCACUCAGUGAGUACAGGGAAAUAGAUGGUUGAAUUAGUUGUGGAACAUCUUUCACUCAGUGAGUACAGGGAAAUAGAUGGUUGAAUUAUUUGUGCUCUAUCUUUCACUCAGUGAGUAUAGGGAAAUAGAUGGUUGAAUUAUUUGUGUAACAUCUUUCACUCAGUGAGUACAGGGAAAUAGAUGGUUGAAUUAGUUGUGUAACAUCACUCAGGGUAUCUUUCACUCACUGGUUGUAACAAAUAUAAGGUUGAAUUAUUCAUAUAACCUUGAACUUAAAUGGAAAGACCAUGACCAGGCUGAGGACCUUAAACUUAAAUGCUAGGAAGAAAAUGUUAAAGAUUUGAACUAUAUUUUAAAGUUGAUAAUCACAUCUGGUUUAUUUUCAUGUUUUUUUAUGUUUUGCCCUACAUGCUUAGAAAAAAAACCACACACAAAUUAAAAACCUUUCACCCAUACAGAGAAAUAGAACUACCAAACCUUUUAGCUGUAUUGAAUAAAAGGUAAAGAUUAACUAGAAUCACUAACCAUUUAUUAACAACCCUUGCAUGUAAAAUUUAAGUCAUUGACAAUUAAGAUGUACACUGAUAAUGAGAUUUAA